AUGUACCUACGUUUUGAGGCAUUCCUAAGGCUGAAUCGUGAAUUUCUAUGUAUCGAUGAAGUGCCGGUUCCAUUCAUGUUAUUGGAUAAGAAACCGGGUGGUCUUACACUAGUAUAUGGCCCUGCAUAUGUGGUUAUGGGGUUUCCCAUAGUUUGCAUAUUAUUUGAUAUUGCUAUACUAGCUCCUACAUGGGUGUUUGCCAAUGGACCUGGAUUUUGUUCAUUACUUAUUGGUAUCGACGUGCUCACGGUUGUCGACACUCUCAGGAAAUCAGUUGCCGGAAGCUUCAUGGUGUUCGUCGUUUCUCAGGUAGACUUUUCACUGCUGAUUACGUUCUCUGCCAAUUUCCGCUCCUCUGUUUCUCCUUUCUUUGUUCUAUUUAUAGGGCGUUGUUCAAGCCUUCUAAGAGCGGUUAACGAGGCUGCUACCACGUUCUUCGUGCGUAUGACGAGGAAAACACCAAAAACUUCAGCUCAAAGUAGAGAGAAAAACGAAGACAUCCUAUUGUAUGAGGCUCAAUUUGAGUUAUCCACAGAAUUUGGGAAUGUGGGUGCUGUUAUGAUUGAAAAUGAGCAACAAGAUGAGGUGUUGCUGAAGAGUAUAGUUCUUCAUGGUUUCCCUGGUGGCCCUCUUCACUUCAUUUGUAAUUCAUGGAUUCAACCUAACCAUGCCAGUGCCACCAAGAGAGUCUUCUUCACCAACAAGUCGUAUCUACCAUCUCAGACACCAAGAGGAUUACAAAGAUUGAGAGAAGAGGAGCUACUUCUCCUAAGAGGAAAUGGAGAAGGAGAACGUAAAGACGGUGAUAGAAUAUAUGAUUAUGAUGUGUAUAAUGAUCUUGGAGAUCCUGAUACUAAUAUUGAUCUCAAAAGACCUGUUCUUGGUGGUUCCAAACAAUAUCCAUAUCCAAGACGUUGUCGCACUGGUCGAAAUAAGUCUAAUGCAGGCUUGAAUGCGAUUUUUGAAUCCUUGGACACAAUUCUCACAGACCCAGCUCUCGGAUUUUUCAGCUUUGAAGACAUAGACGCACUCUACAAAGAGGGAUUUCAUUUACCACCUCUAAAGGCCAAUGGAUUAACAUUGCUUCAACGAGUCAUUCCCAAGUUGAUCAAGGUUGUUAAUGAUAGUCAGAAUAUAUUACGGUUUGACCCUCCAGAAGCCUUUAAAAGAGACAGAUUCUUUUGGUUUUCAGAUGUGGAAUUUGCUAGGGAGACUUUGGCAGGUGUCAAUCCAUAUAGCAUCCAAUUGGAAUGGCCUUUAACAAGUAAGCUAGACAGCCAAAUCUACGGCCCACAAGAAUCAGCAAUAACUAGAGAACUCAUUGAGUUACAAAUAAUCACUUGUGGAACAAUUGAAGAGGCCAUAAAAGAAAAGAAGUUGUUCAUGUUAGACUACCAUGAUUUAUUUUUACCAUAUGUAAGCAAAGUGAGGAAGAUUAAGGGCACCACACUGUAUGGAUCACGAACAAUAUUCUACCUCACUGGUCAAGGGAUGUUAAAGCCACUAGCUAUUGAGCUGACUACACCACCUAUGGAUGGGAAUCCACAGUGGAAGCAAGUCUUCACUCCUGCUUCCACUGAUUCAACCAAUCUCUGGCUUUGGAGGCAUGCCAAAGCUCAUGUUUUGGCCCAUGAUACUGGUUAUCACGAACUUAUAAGUCAUUGGUUGAGGACUCAUUGUGUCAUUAAUUCCCUUGCACGUAAGGAGCUUAUUAGUGCAAAUAGGGUCAUUGAAAUUUCAUUCUUUACUAAUAAAUAUUCAAUGGAAUUAAGCUCUGUGGCAUAUGAUCAACUUUGGCGGUUUGAUUUACAAGCACUUCCAAAUGACCUUAUUGAAAGAGGAAUGGCUGUGAUAGAUCCUAAUGCACCACAUGGCCUAAAGCUAACGAUUGAAGAUAUAUCCUUUUGCCAAUGA